CUUUUUGUUUCUCUCCAGCAAUCUCCUCCAUCCUGGUGUGGUGGUAUUCCAGGCAUGCACGGGUUACCAGGCCGUGACGGACGUGAUGGCCGACAAGGAGCGAAAGGUGACCCGGGAAGCCCGGGAAAGACUGGGCCCCAGGGUCCUGCUGGAGUAAAUGGAAAAGAUGGUGCUAAAGGAGAGCCUGGUGUACGGGGCCCACCUGGUCCAAAAGGAGAGCGCGGACAAAGUGGACAUCCUGGGAACCCAGGCCUGAUGCCUUUUAAGAACUGGAAAGAGUGCGCAUGGAAAGAUUUAAACGAUGGCAAAGACAACGGUUUAAUAAAGGUAAAGGUAGAUUUUCAAAUUAUAUUUAAUAUUACAUGGCAUAUUCUAAGUUUAUUUCCUUCAUAUUUUAUAGGAAUGUGUCUUCACCAAGAACUUUUCUGACACUGCUCUUCAUGUGGCCUGGACUGGUGCCCUUAGAAUCUACAGGUGUACAACCUGUUGCAAACGCUGGUAUUUCACUUUCAACGGCGCAGAAUGUUCAGCUCCUUUACCCAUUGACGGUGUGGUGUACAUGUGGCACGGCAACACUCAAGAUCUUCACCGCGUUCGACACAUUGAGGGGCACUGUAACAACAUUCGCAAAGGAAAGGUGCGCGUGGGAUUUUGGGUUGGUAAUUGUCCGGGUCACAAACCUGGUGACGCCUACACUGGCUGGAACUCGGUGUCCCGAAUCUUCAUUGAAGAGGUUCCAAAGGCUCAGGCUUAG